AUGGCUGCAAGCCCUAGAAGGCAACAGCCGGCAAAUCAACCAAAUAAAGUUAAAAAUCCACCUCCGAUGGUUAUUCAAAGCGAUUUCAGAAAGGUGAGUGGUAUUUCGACGGAAAUAUUUCGACAAAUAGAACAAGUUGAAAAUGAUCACGAUGCGACAACGGCAGCUGCUUUGGAAACGGUCGACAGAAGGGGAGAAAUGGUCGUUCGAAUUCUCGAUCCCAGAUCAAUGGGUAGAAAUUCGUUGGAAGCUGCAAAAAUUUUCCUGCAAAUGCAGGAUGCAAAACAUAUCGUUCAAUUAGUAGAAAUUGUUAAAAGACCGGGACAGACUCUCGGUUUGUACAUAAGGGAAGGUAACGGAAUGGAAAGGAGCGACGGGGUAUUCAUAUCAAGGAUAGCAUUAGAAUCAGCUGUUUACAACAGCGGAUGUCUUCAGGUAGGAGAUGAAAUUUUAGCGGUGAAUCUCGUCGACGUGACUAGAAUGUCACUCGAUGAUGUUGUGAUAAUCAUGUCCAUUCCAAGACGUUUGGUUUUGGCCAUAAGACAGAAAAAAGGUAUGAGAGGUAUGCAACCUAAUCAAAGUCCUCUGUUGACGUCGAGAGAAUCAAAACCCCCGCCUGUCGUAGUUAUAAAAAAACAUUUCGACGAUUUCGAUAGGGAUGAUAACGGAAUGGAAGACAGAAGAAGAUCAAGAUCACGUUUGGGCCUUGAAUUUUCGCACAUUUCACGAGACCACAGUGAACACAACGGUUUAGAUCUUUAUUAUAAUUCUAGACCCGAAAGCUCCUCUGAGCAAUGGACGUAUCGACCUCCUCCUCCACCAGUUAUAACCGAGCAGCCUAAACCUCAACAUUUUACUCCUUACGAUAGACAAUACCCGAAAACACUUGAAUCUCUUGCCGAAAAAGUACAUGCUUUUUACCCAGCUGGUACGUUAGAUAAUAGAAGAGGAUCCCCGGCGUAUUGUUCUUUAGGAGCCGGAGGAUCGAGAGAUAUUCGAAGGGUGGGAAAUAGGAUAAUGCCACGAUCGGGAAGCGAUCAACAUUUGCCAAGGGUCGAAUACGAUUACGGAAGCUCAAGAAUGAGUUCGAGGCAUUCUGGUUCAUUGUUACGGUCUAGUUUAAAAUCUAACACUUUGGGACAUCCCGGUUACACCUCAAGAUUUUCCGAUUCUUCUAGAGGUUAUAACAUUAGUUACAAUAUGAGAGAUAGCACAUUAAGUAAGAAGCCAAAAGCUCCGUUAGACUAUUCCUCCGAUACGGAAGCAACACUAAGCUCAAAAUCCUUAGCUAACUAUCAGAGAAGAGGUUUUUCUUCCGGUUUGACAUCCAGUGGCUUAUCUAGAAUAGGUGUUACGCCCGUAUCGAGUCUCAGGUCGAAUUCCCUUCCGAGAGAUCACCGUGGACGAGGUCAGUUGGGACAAGUGUCUCGACAACAAUCCCUCGUCAGAUUUGAUAGAAAUCUGACAAGUAAUUUAUUAGGAGAUGAAGAUAGCGAUGGAGUUUUAUCAGCUCCCGAAAUGCCAAGUAGAAGAGAUCGAAUUUUGAGUACACCAUCUGUGUUCACAUCGGACGAAUAUAGAGCUUGGCUUUCACGGGUACCCACUAGUUUAUUACCUCGCAGUAGCUCGAUUAUUUCAAGAACUGGUACCACUCACGGUAUAUCAUCGAUAUCUAGAACUCCGAGCACUUCGGCCAUUUACGAAAGGAUAAGAGCCGGUAGGGAGGCGAUAACGCAGCAAAGAGCGCAAAGGUUUACUUUUAGCGCUGAAAAUUUAAGUUUACUCGAUAGAAAUCGAGAGGAUUCGCGAUACUUAUACAGGGGUCAUUUAAAUUCCACAUUGGACAGGCCGAGACCUGCAAGCACAACUCCUUUAAGCUCAGGGCAGUCUUAUUUAAGGGGAUCCGAUUAUCGGGAUAAAAGCACGGCUUUACAAGAAAGUGCUGAUAAAAGCAUGAGACGAAUUCGUCAACUAAUGGAAUUAGAAGCGAGUCACAUACCGCAUCCUUCGCCUAGACUCCAGACUGAUUCCAGAUCCAGACUUUUAGAUAUAAAUCCUGCGGAAUUUUUAAAAUACAAAAUAGAAAAAUCUAGUAGUUUACAAAAUUCAUCGUCCAUUUCAAGUUUACAUUCUAACGCUACUAAUUUACCCUCGAGUGGGGAUCCAACGGAAGGAAUGUACGGUCUUUUAUGGGUACACCUAUUGGCGGGUCGAGGACUUCGUGCUUCUGCUUCUGCAUCAAAUCAAACGAUGGGUGGAACGACGACGGGUCUUCGUGAUCUUUAUUGCGUUUUAGAAUGCGAUAGAGUACAUAAAGCAAGAACAGUCGUACGUACCGGGGAUAUAGUUUUCGAUUGGGAUGAAACAUUCGAAUUAGAUCUUAUAGGAAACCGAGAAUUAGAUUUACUCAUUUAUUCUUGGGACCCGCAAUACAGGCACAAACUUUGUUAUAAAGGUUCCGUGCAUCUUCUUUCUCUCCUGAAACAAUCUUCUGUUCAUCAGUUAGCUUUAAAAAUAGAACCGAGAGGCACAUUAUAUUUAAGGUUGAAAUACACGGAUCCCCAUACGAGUUUUUCAAGGAAACCAUCACAACAACAUAUCUUAGCUAGACCGGGAUCAAAACCGAUUUUAACGGGUGGUUUAUUCGGGAGUCCGUUAGAAUCCACGGUGAUACGAGAAAAUGUGCUACCCGGUGGAAUGAUGAGCAAUUCGACAUCGAUGAUUCAAAACGUUCCUCUCAUAAUUAAAAAUUGCGUCGAAGAAAUCGAAAGGCGAGGAUUGGAUAUCAUCGGUCUUUAUCGGUUGUGUGGAUCGGCUACCAAAAAACGAAUAUUGCGUGAAGGUUUCGAAAGAAACGUUAGAACGGUCGAUUUGAGUCCGGAUAACGUACCCGACAUAAACGUCAUAACGGGAGUACUCAAAGACUAUUUGCGAGAAUUACCCGAACCACUUUUUACAAAAUGUUUGUUUCAAAUGUUGGUGGAUGUUAUCGCCGUUUGUUUACCCGAUGAUCCCGAGGGUAAUGCUAAACUAAUAUUUUCAAUUCUCGAUUGCCUUCCUAAAGUAAACCGAGCUGCUGUAAUAUUUUUAAUGGACCAUCUUUCCCUGGUCGUAUCUCAAUGCGAUAGAAAUAAAAUGACAGCUCAAAAUCUUUCUGUGAUUUUCGGACCGAUAUUAAUGCUUCACGCAGAACCCGGUACCGAUCUUGAUUUUAAUCAACCGAUAGCUAUUCUUCGUUACCUAUUAGAAGUUUGGAAACAUCAGUCAGUCCGGGAUCUGGUCUGUUCAACAGGAGCUUUGUUCAACAACAGUCGAGACCACCAUUCAAGUGGAGCAAAUCCCUUGACUCGGCAACCCCCGUUGCCUCAGCAUAUGAUCUCAUCAAAACAAGUUCUACAUGGAGUCCAAGACAAAUCAAAUCCAGGGCCCGUUGUGGUUACUUCACCAGGCUCUCCCACUAGCGAAUCGAGCAGGAGCAGUUCAUCGAUAUCACCGUCGGAAGGAAAUGAAAUACUUUCAGGUUCGAAAUCGCUUUUGAGCAAUAAAAAUUUCAAAAUGAUGGAUUCAUCGGGUUUGAAUUUACUGACGAACAAAAGUUCAUCUCAAAUAUCUCUAUUGGGGUCAAACAGCUCAAUAACAAACAAAAGUCCAUCGCAAAUUUCACUCCUAGGAUCGAACAGUUCGAUAAAUUCACUGGCACGUUCCAUUCCCGAUUCUAAAACGUAUUCGUCGGGAUCAAUUUAUCAACCGAAUUCUCGUAAGUCACCUCUACUGGAUCGUUCGAAAAGUCCCUACGGAUCACCAAAUUUAAGCGACAGAUCGAAGAGUCCUUAUUUUCAAACCGCGACGAAAACCUCUUACGGUUCGCCGAUAUUGGAAAAAAGUAAAAACUACUCGCAAAAUCUCGAAAGGUCGAAGAGUCCGAUGGACAAAGCAAUGAAAAAUUUAUAUUCGUCACCCGGUUUGACGACGAGUAGAGAUUUGACAAAAAGUCCACUGCUUAAAAAUGGAGAAUAUUCAAGCGUGACACUAGACCGUUACGGAAGUAAUAAAACGGGACACGUUGAUUCCGAACACAAAAACGAAUUGAAUCUCGACAGAAUGUCUGGUCUACCGUUAUCGAUGACGUCGAGUCAAAUAUACGAUUCUAAUCAAAGUGGUGACAAACCUUUAUUUUCAACACUUCCAAGGCAACGAAGCAUACCAACGAUUAUCGGAAUGCCGAGAAGGCUUAGCGAGCAAAGGAAAUCACUUCCUCAGGUACCGACGGACAAAAUAAAAGAUUACAUGGAUGGGAAAACCGUCGAUUCGGAAUCUAAAAAUCCGUUUGAAAAAUUAGAAGGUUUCACUAUAUCCGCGAAUCCGACGGGUAAAAAUCCAUUUUUGGACGAAAACGAAGAGCAGUACAAUUACGAAACCGUAUCGAGCAGAGUAAGCUGUUUCGAACAGAAAGCAGGAAACGGAAACGAUAAAAUGGAUAAUUCGACGAAAAUGAAUCCCUACGUGGGAAUACACACAGCUCAAAAUGCCAUGUAUCAAACGAGUAUCGGUCAGUAUGGUACGGUCAUGACGACGAGCAUUCCUCCGUCACAAAAUCAAUCCACGACUAGAUCAAUGACUUGCCUUCAAUACAGCGUUCCGGUGAGUUCGGGACACGUUCAUUCCAGUUUAAAAAAACCUUCAAGCACAAUCGAAAAUCAAGGGAAUCAAAACAAUUUGCAGUUUCAUUCGCAAAAUCAAUCGUACAAACCGACGAUGGUUCCACCGACUCCGGCGACGCGUAGGGAUCCGAUGAAAUACAGUGAAAAAUCACGGGACAGUUCAAAAUUGGGACUCGAUCCGAUAAAAACGAAAACCACCCUACACCACGACGAACCGUUGGAAACACCCACUCCGAGCAGUUCGACCGGAACGGAUUCUUCGCGGAAAGAAAUCGGACAAGAGGGUGACGUGGAAAGCGAUGCUGAUGAAACAGAGAUGGCCGAACAAGGUGACAUGGUACCAGAAUUGGGUAAGAAAAUUCAUCAUUAA